AUGCCCGGAUGGACGAGUCCUUGCAGGGCAUGGCGGCCACGCUGCUUGCAGUUGCCUGCGUAUGGCCGCCGGACAUUCACGGCCACUACAGUGUCUCAUCGUGAGGCGCCUCCACUACCGCUUGAAGGCUAUCGUGUGCUGGACAUGACCCGAGUACUUGCAGGGCCUUAUUGCACGCAGAUACUAGGCGAUCUGGGAGCAGAGGUCAUCAAGGUGGAGCACCCCGUGACCGGCGACGAUACCAGAGCAUGGGGGCCGCCAUUUGCCAAGUACGAGACGGGGUCCAGCCAGGAAGGACCAGGCGAGUCGGCAUAUUUCUUGGGUGUGAAUCGCAACAAGAAGUCUAUUGGACUCAACUUCCAGCGGAAGGAAGGGGUCGAGAUCCUCCACAAGCUGGCAGCCGAAUGCGACAUUCUCGUGGAGAAUUACAAACCCAACGCUCUCAAGAAAUACUCCAUGGAUUAUGAGACCCUGCGCAAGAUCAAUCCCAGGCUCAUAUACACAUCCAUCACUGGCUACGGGCAGACGGGGCCAUACUCGGAGCGCGCUGGCUACGAUGUCAUGGUCGAAGCGGAAUUUGGACUGAUGCACAUUACAGGCGAGAGAGACGGACCGCCUGUCAAGGUCGGUGUGGCCGUCACAGACUUGACGACUGGGCUGUAUGCCAGUAACAGCAUCAUGGCCGCGCUUCUGCAGAGGGGGCGCACUGGCAAAGGUCAGCAUAUCGACAUGGCGCUCAGCGACUGCCAGACCGCGACACUGGCGAACAUUGCUAGCAGCUGCCUUGUCACAGGCAAGAAGGACAGCGGGCGUUGGGGCACCGCACAUCGCAAGUCCCUUCACCCCCAGUCGAUUCCUUCCAUCGUCCCAUAUCGAGCGUUCAAAACCAAGGAUGGCGAUAUCCUCUUCGGCGGUGGCAACGACCGUCUUUUCCGCAUCAUGUGCGAUGGCUUGGGCAAGCCAGAGUGGAAAGAAGCGCCAGCUUAUCUCACCAAUGCCGCUCGUGUCGCUAACCGCGUCGAGCUCGAACAAAAGAUCGAGGCUAUCACUGUGGAGAAGACCACGGACGAGUGGUUGCACGUCUUCGAAGGAAAGGGCAUGCCUUACGCGCCGAUCAACGAUGUGCAGACGGCUCUCGAGCACAGUCACACCAAGGCGCGGAACAUGGUCGUCGAGGUGCAGCACGAUAGCUGUGGGCAGAUGUCGUUGGUGAACACGCCGAUAAAAAUGUCGGGUUGCGCGCCAGGCGUUCGGACGCCGCCACCUAGUUUGGGACAGCACACCGAUCAGGUCCUUGAGAAUCUCGGCUUGAGUAAGGAUGAUAUCGCUUCGUUGCGCCAGGGAAAGAUAGUUCGAUGA